AUGGGUGCCGUCUCGCUUCCCGCGCUAGAGAUGACGGAUGAAACGUGGGAGAACGGCAGCUUCGCCAGCCCGUCGCCCGGACUCCCCCUGUUUCUGCUCAUGUUCAACGACAGCAUUCUGAACGAGACGCUGUUUAACUCCACCAACUGCAGCGUCCCUGAUGUCCCCUCAGGUCCCAGUGUGGAGGGGGUCCUCAUACCGCUCAUAUACAUAAUCGUGUGUAUCAUCGGCCUCGGUGGAAACACUUUGGUGAUUCACAUUGUGCUGCACUACUCAAAGAUAGAGUCGGUGACCAACAUCUACAUCCUCAACUUGGCCAUUGCUGACGAGCUCUUCAUGAUCGGUCUGCCCUUCCUGGCGGUGCAGAACACGCUCCAGUCGUGGCCGUUCGGCUCCUUCAUGUGCCGCCUGGUGAUGACGGUCGACUCCAUCAACCAGUUCACCAGCAUCUUCUGCCUGACGGUGAUGAGCAUUGAUCGCUACUUCGCUGUAGUCCACCCCAUCCGGUCGUCAAAGUGGCGGCGUCCUCAGGCGGCCAAAGUGGUGAACGGCACGGUCUGGGCUCUGUCGUUUCUCGUCGUUCUGCCGGUGGUGAUCUUUGCCAACAUCCAGAAAGCAGGAGGAACCUGUAACAUUGCCUGGCCGCAGCCGGCUAACAUCUGGCGGGCGGCUUUCAUCAUUUACACCUCGACGGUGGGAUUCUUCUGCCCUCUUCUCAUCAUCUGCCUCUGCUACCUGCUCAUCGUCUUCAAGAUCCGCAGCUCGGGGAAAAAAGUCCACGCCACCUCCACCAAGCGCAGGAAGUCGGAAAGAAAAGUGACACGCAUGGUCGUGAUCGUUGUAGCUGUGUUUGUCUUCUGCUGGCUGCCGUUCUACGCCCUCAACAUCAUCAACCUGUUGGUGUCGCUGCCCUCAGAGUACAAGGGGCUCUACUAUUUCGUGGUCGUGCUCGGCUACGCUAACAGCUGCGCCAACCCCAUCGUCUACUGCUUCCUGUCGGACAACUUCAAGAGGGGUUUCCGCAAAGCCCUCUGCCGCUCCACGAGGAAGGUGGAGAACCUCGAGCCCAUGGAGCGCCAGCAGCAGCAGAAGGAGGGCAGGUCGGCGCUCAUGCCCAGGGAGAGCCUGAGGCGGGCGGCCAGGGACGAAGAUGACGACGACGAAGAAGACGUCUCAGAAAUGACCGAGAUCUACAGAAUCGCCCAAAACGGCAAUGGCAGCUUCCAGCCGCAGAGCUCGCAGCCUCUGUUGUCCGAGAAAGGAGCGACUCCAGGAGGGGCGGAGCUGUCGUCCCCAGAAAGGAGGGACAAAUCUGGUGACUUGAAGGGGAAAGAUGGAGCCAACGGAUCCACGCUGACUGUACCGCUGCUUCUCAAUGGAACCAAAAAUGGGAGCAUUAAAACUCUGCCAGAGGAAACACUGGACCAGAGCACCUCACUGGAGAUAAGUUACUUAUAA